AUGGCCGCGUAUCAAUCUCAGUCAGACUCACAUUCGCUUGUGGCUUCCACCGUUGUUAAUACAGAACUUGCGAAGCCGAGUGAGGAUCAGUCGGUGUACGAUCUAGGUUGGAAUGACGAGCCCAAGCAAGAUGCGAAGCCUUGGGUGAGAGGGAUGGACAACGAGGACCUCUGGGUCCUUGUGCGACGACUGAACAAGUCCGUCUACGAAAUCAAGAGAGCGAGGGAAACCCCCUUUGGUGGCCUGGAUCUCACCGUCGCAGAGGAGUCUCAGAAUUCCCCAAACAAGCUGCGUAGCGAAAUGGAGAGACUCUACAUGGGGUUGGUAGGUUCUUGGCCUUUUCUCAUUCGCAAAGACUACUGCGAGACUUCGCUCAUGGCGCGAACCGAGGAGGACAGGCUUAUUCUGCGUUGCAAGGCCUACUUCAUUGCUUGGCUUCUCGACUACUUGACUUUGCUCUUCGUUGUCGUGUCGAUAGCUUUGAUUUUAUCACCCGAUGUCCGAGUCCUUCUCUUCCCGCCCGCACCCUUGUCAAUGGUAGACAUCCGCGACGGCAGCAUCGCGAAACCCAUGGGCGGCACUCUCGGGUCUACAGAUUCUGCCACUGGCGCACCACAAAACCUCAAGGGGGAGUCUGUUGAAAACGAAGCCAGUAACUUCAUCACCAGCGUCUCGGCCAUCGCCACCAACUUGAUGACCGGCCACGAUCCGCAUGGCGCCCCGAACGAACAGGAAGGAGGCAGCAAGAAAGGCUUCGACCCCCAGUUUGACGUCACCACAAUGGCUGUUGUCAAAGACAAGGCCGAGGGAGUGGACAGGCCAUCGCAGGACAAGACGAAGGCGCCCAUGGAAGAGAAGGUCUGGGAACAGAUGACGCCGCUUUUGCACAUGAUUAUCCUGAUUUCCGACUCUUGGGAGCGUUUUUCCAACAUCUUGGUUCCUACUCCUCCCUUCGACCGGCAAGAACAUCAAAGACGGCUUGCCGCCUAUAUAGCCCCUCUCGCAAUGGCCUCGAUUCUUCUGUCUCGGGACUUUGUCAUAAGCAGCGCGACGUUCGCUAUUGGAGUUGGCAUUUUUGGCGACCCUCUCCUUACCCGUGGCUACCAUUACUUGAACACCAACCGAUGGACUGAUUCUUUCCAUCUUAACAACACCUUAUUCAAGGGAGUACCGACUAAUAAUCAGCUGGCACUGACGCUGCUUCGGGUAGGCGAAGCCAAUAGAGCUCCCUUCCCGCCACCGGCACAAGUGAAGCGUGCUCCCCCAAACAAGGCCAUCGACAUUGAAGAAGACGUUAUCAGUGCUUCCUGGGGUGACGAGCCUCUUGGCGCAUCACAUGAGCAGCUUGAAAACGUUGCUGAACGUGACGAAGAGAUGGCGGAACGUGCCGGCGGCGAAGACACCGAAGUGCAGCAAGCUAUCGGACAUGGGCGCAAACGCGAGAAGAUCUUUGGUCUUCUGAAAGGUGGCGCCAAGGAGGUGGUCAAAGCAGCCGCGACCGUCGACAAGAUCAGAGCCAAGACCGGUUCCGAGAACGCAAAGACUCGUAUCGGGGUCGUUCCAUCAUCCAACGACGAUGAACAGACAGUCGGGCCAAUGGAGUUCAGCGCCCGCUAUGACGGCCAAAAGGGAUUCGUCUACGUAAACGCGGCGGCCGGUUUUGUGGCGUUCAAUAAGAAGUCCAUCACGGAAGAGGAUCUCGACACAGUCUGGGCUAUCAACAUCGACGGCAUCACCCAACUCCGGAAGCAUUCUGGUUAUGGUAUGAAGGCCAAGCUGUAUUCGGGCUGGGCCACAGACGGGCCAAUCUACGACAGUUUGAGGAUCGUUGAUCAGGAGGACAAGCACUUUGUUGUGACUGCUCUCCCUUACAGGGACGCGCUUUUCAACCGCUUAUGCGCAAUCAGCAAGACCACCAAGUGGGAAGUCUGGUAA